AUGCCAUCCGAUACGAAAUUUCACUCAUGUACGACUGGUCACCUCCACGAAGGCACACCAACGGGCAAGAUGAAAAGCAUCAGAGGAAUCCAGACCUACUACGCGACCUCCGCCAAUGGUUCUGCGCGUAAUGCCAUAAUUAUCUUCACUGAUGUGAUGGGUCAUAACUUCGUCAACGCUCAACUUGUGGCCGACAAUUUUGCCUCGAAUGGCUUCUUCACUGUCAUGCCAGAUCUCUUCCGAGGUGACGCAGUCACUCUGAACCGCUCUGACAGUUUCGACCUGAUGAAUUGGCUCAAGAAUCACCCCCCCGAGCAGAUCAUUCCCAUCAUCAAGGUUGUCAUGAAAGAGAUGAGAGAAGUAGCCCGUUGUCAACAUAUUUUCGGCGUCGGAUACUGCAUUGGCGCGAAAUAUCUACUGCGAGCCCUACAACCUGGCGUAUUAGAUGCCGGCUUCAUCGCACAUCCCACUCACCUCGCCCAUGAGGAGAUCCUCGGCAUCAAUGGACCACUCAGUGUUGCUGCCGCCACCAACGAUGACACGUUCACCACACACAAACGGCAUGAAAUGGAAAUGCUGUUAGAGAAAACCAAGCAGCCUUAUCAGAUGAACCUCUUCUCUGGCGUCGGACACGGUUUCGCUGUUCGAGGUAAAACUAAAGACCCGCAUGGUAGGUUUGCGAAGGAGCGAGCUUUGUCUCAGGCGGUCCAGUGGUUCAAGUACUUCUUGAAUAUGAAAAAACACGAGCCUGCCCGCGCUUCGAGUUGA